AUGCAGGAUUCAAGCAACCAUGGACCAGCUGUACUUCCCGUUCAAUUCGUUGAGCGGCUGAUCUCCCGGCUGGGCCAGCAGCUUCCCCCAAGUCAACGCGCAACGGACUCGGCUAGUCCCCUCCCACCUGUUCUUCCGUCAGAUGCAAAGCCAUUGAUGUUGACCCUUCAUUGUCUGUUUCCCAACGAGCUGCUGCUGGCUCUGGACAUUCUGGACCGCGGCCUGGUGAGACGGCUUGCCCAGCAGGAUGCGAGCCAGGAGUCAUCAAAUCCGACGACAGAUCCGUCCAGGGUCGUGUUUUUCGUCAUCUCCGCGUCCGCGGCGCCGUCGACCUCGGCCAAAAAGCCGGUGCCCACACGCACAGGGCAAAUGGGCUAUGAGGUUAGGUUGCAGGCCUGGAAUUGCACUUGUCCGGUAUUCAUGCUGGCCGCAUUUCGCGAUCUCAGCUUCGGCUCCGCCCCAGAGAUGGAGCCUGCCAGACAUGCGGAAGGACCCCGGGACGGCGACGACGUGCCCAGAGUCAAAAGCCAGACCUGCUGCUACGCAUAUGGUGGGUGGUUGGCUGGCGAGCCGACCCGGACGUCGCCUCCGAUCUGUAAACAUCUUCUCGCUUGUCUGUUGAUGGCGCGUUGCCCUGGCGCAUUUGAGACCACGGCCCAAGAGGCCGACCCAGCCCUUGUUCCUGCGGAGGAGUUGGCAGGCUGGUGUGCCGGCUGGAGCGGAUGA